GCGUUCUCCGGGCUCUUUAAUGGAGGGGCAGUUCUGACGAGGACCCCCGGACCGAGGAGAAACGCUUCAUAUGGCCCCGGCUCCACGGAACGCUUUCCCAGCCUGCAACCCAGCUCCGCGGUCUUCACCCGAUCAGAGCCAAUUUGGUGGAGUGCUGUUCCCCUGAGGGAUCGGAAUGAGGUUCUCCUCGACAUAAAGUCCCCUUUAUGUCGAGGAGAACCUACUUUCUCUAGGAAAGCGGCGAAUUUGAUUCAGUAUUGUAUUAUUGCUGAUUCUUGGUUUUCCUUGGUGGCUUGUUCGAGACACGUGCACUUUCUGCUGGUGCGUUUCUUGCUGGUCCCUGCUGCUUUACGUAACAGAAGACCAGAUGUGGCCAAAGGGAAUGAGGUGGUAAAUGCUCCUGUCAGGUUUUCCCCGGAGGGGAAAGCAGUAGGGAAACAUCCAGGUGUCGAUGGAGACACCAGAAUUCUAGAAGUUUGCAUGGUGUUCACCAGUUCUGCUUGCAGACACCACAUCUACCACUACAUCGCCAUGGGUCUCGGAACUUCCACACUCCCCUAUGCAGCAGCUACUCCCACAGUUUAAAGAAAUGAAGAGGAUUUACCUAUAGUCGUGGAGACACUUCAUCGAUGAAGGCUGUUUUGUUAAUGAGAAUUUUGUGAAACUUAGAUUCGUGUUGUUGACGGCUCUAACUCCCUGCUUCACUACCUUUUUUUUUAAACACACUUUCACGGUCGCCGGAUCAAUACAUACUGUAUAUUUGAUGCAUAAUGUUUUUUACUUGGUUCAUAUGUGGACAAAUCCUCAUUUACCUGUGAUCACAGUGAUUCCAAUAUCUUUAUCUACUUUACACGUUCGAAAUAUUAAUGAAAAUUUACAAAGAAAAAAGUACUGGUUAAUGGUCCAGAUAACAUGGCGUAUGAACGUGCUCACCAGGAACACAUUUGAUUUUGACCGGCCCCCAUUUUUCCUUAACCCUUUGUCUUAUAACUUUAUAACCCUGUCUUAUUUGUUUCUUUCUAAAAUCGUA